GCUUAAGUACAAUCUGAUUAUUGAUGUAGUCAUACCAUUAUCUUUAGAGUAAAUGAGGGCAGUCUGAAAUAGAUUUCUCAUAAUUGUUUCUCAUCCUGGGAGUGUUUGAGUGGGAUAUAUGUUCAAAUUUGCAAUUGUGGCAGCUUGAGUUCAUCCUAAAAGGAAAUACUGCCUCCCUAAAAAGGAGGGGAAGAAAGCUCUGUGUUUCCUAAUAUAUCUAAUCAUUCUUAUGGUUGUAAUUGUAAUGUAAAAGUAUAAUUUUUGAUGAAUAUUAUUUUUGUUUUGUUCACAGGAAGAACAUCAUCUGUUCUGUCAUCUGUUCCCUUACAGAUUCUUUUCUAUUUAAAUGGACUGUAUUAUAUAUUUUAUUUCUUCGCAGUCUUGCUGAUGAUUAUUUAUAAAAGUCAAGUUUUUACUUAUCCAGAUAAAUUCUUGACUCUUGAUCUCAUACUGCUGUUUAUUAUGGCGAUUCUAGAAACAAUCCGGCUAUAUUUUGGUACUAAAGGGAACCUAACAGAAGAUGAGGCUCCCCUCGGAUUCAGUCUUAUGAUUACUGCUGGCUGCAUAAUUCUGUCUGUCUAUUUUCUAGCAUUGCAAACUUAUAUCCUCAGGGCAGAUGUCAUUAUUAAUGUUGUGCUCCUUGUUAUAUAUGGACUUGAAGGAAUACUGCAAAUCAUAGCCAUUGCAGCAUUUGUCAGCUAAAUCAUGUUGCUGCCUGUUACACCUGGUGUGUGUGUGUGUGUGUGUGUGUGUGUGUGUGUGUGUAUGUGUGUGUGAGAGAGAGACGUAUUCCCCAAAAAGAAGGAACAUGCACCUUUAAAAUGAUGGCCUUUCAAACAUUCAUGAAUAUUCUCAGGUUCAAAAUGUGUCUUCAUAAAGAAGUGCUAAAAAUUUGUAUGCUGAUUUUUUAAUACUAAAAAACAUUAAUGUUUGCAUUUUAUAUUAUAGCGAUGGAUAAAUGCAUUGGAAUUUAGGAUUAAAUGUUUGUACCCAACUCAAAGUUGAUCCACUUUUUUGUGGCAGACAAGUUUGUUGCUGGCCUAGAACAUGUCCUUGGUGAGCUCCUUUGUGUCUCAUUGAAAGAGGUAUUUUUGCAAAUGCAAACAUACUGUGCCUGUCCCCUGUGUAUGUGUCACUGCAUGAUUAUAAGUAGUGAUUUUCCCUUUGAAAAUAAGGGUGUCAUUGGGCAGUUCUCUGAGAACAGGCAGAUGUGGUCACUGGCACAGUAUAGUAUGCAUUAUCUCUAAUAAUAAAUUUAAUAAUAAUAAUAAUAAUAAUAAUAAUAAUAAUACCUUAUUUCUAUCCCACCCUAUCUCCCGGAAGGGACUCAAGGCCAGGAUCAUCCAAUCUGCAUAUUUCCGAGGUGAUUUACACAUUCCAUUGAGUUACAUUGGAAGGGUCAUACAUUCAUGUAUUAAGAAAUGCAUAUGUUUUUAUAUAAACUUGUUUUUAAAUUUCUUGGAAACUGUUUCCAAAACCGUAAAUGCAUUUGCUAUUAGAACCAGUUAAAGCAAUUGACUUUACUAAAGGGAACUUUUGAUUACUACAAUCCUUCACUCGGUUGCAUUAGUCUCAAAGGCUUGGGUCCAACAAGAAUGAUCAUAUAUUCUAGUUACCCCUUUCCUUUCUUGUUAGAUAUGUGCCAGACAAACUAUGGUUUGUACUUAUAAUUGCUUACAAACCAGGACUGAAAGCCAUAAUUCCAUUUUACCCCCAAUUAUGGUGUUCAGGAGCCAUGAACACCAGAAAUUCAAAGGAGUACAA